CUGAUGUGGCCGACGAACAACUCUGCUGUUCUCAAGAUGAUCAAGACGUUGGAGGGACGCACGGAGAGUAAGGUGCAGGAUGUCCAGGGAUGGGUGAGUGACGUUCAAAUUGAGCGGGGCAAGACAUGCCAUUUGCGUUUCAGUAGCCUCACAUCCCUCCCACACCUUCCUAAAACUUUGGCCUCCACCCCGGCCACCACCCCCUAACGUCGUCGUGCGAAGAGUACAUACACGCAAAACCCCUCCGAAGCCAGGGAAAAAGAUUCCUUAACGCAGGCGUACAGGCUGGAGGACGCAUUUGCAGAAAGUUCCUGUGCGAUUUCCUGCACGAUCGCGUGCCAACGCCCACGCCUGACCAAUGCACCAAAACGAAGCUCAGGUACAGCAGGAGCCCAUUGUGGUUUUCUCAGAAGAUGAAGACGGCGAAUGGGAGUCCGCAGACGACGAAGUCGCUUCCGACCGUGCCGACGUCCCCACAAUACGAUCUCGCCACCAGUCGCCGAUACUUUCGGUUUCCCAGUCGAGACACGUCAAGAGGAGGGUGAGGCGGAAAGAAAACAGGCAGCUGCGGGCGGUGGGCAUAUUGGCGAGACCUCUGAUCGAUGAGCCACCGGCAGGUGGAGUACAGUUACCACCCGCGCGUAACGUGCAGGCUCCCCAAGCCGCACGGAAUCCGGACGCUAUGGACAUAGUGGAGAACUCGACGGUGGAAUCUGCCGGCUUUGGAAGCCUCCCCACAAUCGAUACUUCGCACGAUCCGUCCCUAUUGACGGCGCCACCAACCUCGAACCCACUCUUACGAUACAACGGAGCGGUAACUGUCACGGUAUCAUCCGCCGUAACAAGGGACGAGGUGAUAAUCAUCGAUGAAACGACGCCGAUAUCAGAAAGCCGGGCAUUGACGACUCGCAUCAGUGACACCCGAGCAGUAGUGAAUACGCAGCAAAGGAAGCUCAACGAACCAGCAACGGCCAUGGUAUCAUCUGCAGUGGAAAGUCAAUCGAUGAUGAUCAUCGAUGGCGCGAAACCUGCACCAAAUAGCCUGGCGAACAAGAAAUCAACAAAAAAGAAGGUGAAAGCUUCCGUAAUUUCCAGGAGAAUGGCGAAACUAGCGAAAUUGAAAGUGAGGUUCAAGGACAACACCGCCCAGAGGCAGUUCGAAUACGGAAGCCGCCAGGAGGCAGACGAGAAUGGGGUCGUCAACAAGCUCGAAAAGCCAAUCGUGUGCUAUUCAGACGGCGGCUACCGAAAAAUCCGCUGGCCCGUCCCAGGCUAUCGCAACACCAUCCUUCACCUCGCAGGGGCAGGAGUGUUCUUUCCGAACCAGGAGCGAAACCACGUCUCACAAGUCGUGAAAGGUGUGAGCUCCGCGGAUGCUGAGUUCUCGGCGACACUGAUCGCUUUGCAAAAGAUUGGCCCCGGGAUCGAUGCGGAGGUUCGCACUGAUAGCCAAGCCGUCAUCAAUGCCGUCAAUUCGAUUCACGCCGAAGGGUCAGCCAAAGUCUUCUUGGAACUCUCCAGCGCAGAACGAGAGGCGAGGCGUCUCGGGAAGCAAGAACCGGCUCUUACGCUGUACAAAGUCAUCAGAGACCGGAAGGCUGCGACGAGACUCACGUGGGUAAAGGGGCAUGCGCAGAUGAAGGGAAACACCGAAGCGGACGAGUUGGCGACGGCGGCUAUGGUCAGCUUUAUGGAAUAUAUUCUGGAGGAUCCAAAUAGAAUAUGUUAUGCGGACGACAUUUUGUGCGAGCCGAUGGUUUAAGUGGGUGCGAAGGAGAACUGGAGAGAUCGACGUGAGUGGACGCUCACACCAACGAAUUUUCGCUACGCAGGAAGAGAAGCUGGAGAGCGACGUUUGUGCUAUGGAUUUUUGUUUGCGAACAUUUUUGUGUGUAUAAAUGAUUGCCCGCUCUAUUGUAAAUAAUACGUCAAACACAGCACAUUGUAGAGUUGGU